UCAGCAUCAGCACCAGCAGAGACGUCUCCCUCCUCUCUCCUCCUCUGCUCUGCUCUCCUCUCCUCUCCUCUCUUCCUCCGUCCACUGCGGUACAUCGGCCCGUUUUCCUCACACCCAGCUCGCCAUGGACAACUCCGGCAAAGAGAAGGAGGCCAUGCAGCUGAUGGCUGACGCCGACAAAAAGGUCAAGGCGUCCGGAUCCUUCCUCGGGGGGAUGUUCGGCGGGAACCAUAAGGUGGAGGACGCCUGCGAAAUGUACGCCAGAGCAGCCAACAUGUUCAAGAUGGCCAAGAACUGGAGUGCUGCUGGGAAUGCGUUCUGUCAGGCCGCUCGUCUCCACAUGCAGCUCCAGAACAAACUGGACUCUGCCACCAGCUUCGUCGACGCCGGCAACGCCUACAAGAAGGCCGACCCACAGGAGGCCAUCAACUGUCUAAAUCAGGCCAUUGACAUCUACACUGACAUGGGUCGCUUUACCAUUGCAGCCAAACAUCACAUCACUAUAGCAGAGAUUUAUGAGUCUGAGCUGGUGGACAUUGAGAAGGCCAUUGCUCACUACGAGCAGGCAGCAGAUUACUACAAGGGAGAAGAGUCAAACAGCUCAGCCAACAAAUGUCUUCUGAAGGUCGGACACUACAGUGCUCAGCUGGAGCAGUACCAGAAAGCCAUUGAAAUCUACGAACAGGUUGCAAUGAGCACCAUGGACAAUCCUCUGUUAAAGUACAACGCUAAAGAGUAUUUCUUCAAGGCUUCACUGUGUCACUUCAUAGUGGACGAACUGAAUGCGAAGCUCGCCAUAGAGAAGUAUGAGGAGAUGUUCCCAGCCUUCUCUGACUCAAGAGAGCUCAAACUGUUGAAGAAACUCCUAGACGCCCACGAGGAGCAGAACAGCGAGGCGUUCACAGAGGCCGUGAAGGAGUUCGACUCAGUGUCUCGUCUGGAUCAGUGGCUGACCACCAUGCUGCUGCGCAUCAAAAAGACCAUCCAAGGAGAUGCCGGAGACCUAAAAUAGACACCUUUAGGACAGGGGCGAGAGGGGGGGAGACGGGAAAAGAGGGUGGUAUAGAAAGGUUAAAGAGACCAACAGGUGGGGAACCUGUGUUAAGGUGAGGAAAAGGGUGUAGGAAUAGAAGCUGAGAGAUAAAAGGGGAGGUUAUAGAGGGAGGGUGGGAGUUCACAGUUGUACAUAUCAGUCUGCAUGUGACCCCCCAGUGAGCUUAUCAUCUCCUUUAAAUCAUCGUUUGAUGACCGCGUGUCCCCAGUCCUGCAGUAUUGCUCUCGUAACACUGGACAAAACUGUAAUUAAAGAGAAAAUAAAUGUGUGUGUGAAGGAUGAGUGUGUGUGAGAGAGAGUGUGUCCACUGCAGUAAAGUCAAUUAUAUAUGAGAUUUAACUAUAUGUCACAGAAAAUGCUAAAAAAAGAGUUAUUUAUUGAUAUUCCUUGUCAAUACUGAAAAUAUCUAUUGUUUAUUUCGGUGCUCAGUGUUACGGUUUGUCUUAAUAUUUUAGGUAUUAGCCCUUCUCUUGUUGUUCCCCUUUACUUUCUUUCCUCAUCUAUUCUUCCUCCUCCUCCAUUCUCUUCCCUCGUCCUCUCCUCCUCACCCCGUCAAUUCAGCGCCAUCACCCAUUGUGAUUGGUUGGCUCUUUGUAUUCAGGCCAACGUUUGGUGGGCGCAGAUAGCACCGCAGCGCUUCCUCCCGUCACUUCCUUGUUUGUGCAUGUCUACCGUCAUGUUUGAUGUAAGUGUUCUCCGUGUCGUGCUAACGUGUCAAGAACAUACAUGUAGCCUGGUAUCAUUUGUGUGAAAUCAGUAAAUAUGUAUCCCAGAUACAGAGUUGAAAUAAAAACAUUGUCACUCCA